UUAUCCAAUCGGUUGCUGUUUUGUUCGCAACUCAAAUGUAAACAAUAUGGCGGAUAAGGAAAAGCAGUCGUCAUGGUAGAUACCACGCUUUGAGUGAAAAGUAGUGAAGUUAGAACGUUGCAUUACAUUUGAACUUAUUGUAUGGGUUGACAGCUUGUGUUCAUUGACAUGAAUUACAGAUGGAAGCAGUAGAACGUCCCCAUACAAGUCGAGGUAUACGCUCUCGAGCACGACGUCCCCCUUCAAGGGGUGGAAGACAGAUAGAACAGUUGCUGAAUGAUGAAGGUGAAGAAAAUGGAAGGCCUGCAUCUCGACGAGGAUUUACUCCAGAGACGUAUGACAGAGAGGAUUAUGAUGAAUUUUCAAGACAGAGCCAUGUAUUUGAGAGACAAUUAACACCAGAAUAUGGAAGUCCUCCUGGAAUUAUGUCUGGGCAUAUGUCUCCCCACCAACAAAGGAACUCCCCAGCCUUCAGGGAGAGCCCUUACUCACACAGGGGCUACCGACCUCACAGGGACAGCCCCUUAAUUCACAGCCCUACCCAUCAGGAAUCUCCUCACAACACCCCAUUUGAAAGACCCUCCUCCAGGAGAAAAGGGGAUGUUCCAGAUUUUGGAAGACAGUACAGCCUCUCACCUACUCAUCAUGAGGAUCACCAUUAUGGUUCUUCACCGACAGAGAGGCAUCAUGUUUCUUCACCUUCAGAAAGACAUUACAGCCCCUCCCCUAACCAUGGGCACCCCGACCAUAGAUAUGGGGGCCAACAUGCCUACGAUAGCAACCAGCAAGCUGAUUUUGAGCAUGGAGCACAUUCUCCUAGGAUGGAAGCCAAUGUGUUAUGUUUAGAGGAAUCCUGGCCCCCAUCUCCCAGAGAGAAACCUCCUACAGCCCGCCCAAAGUCUAGCCGAAAACGACUGAAAAGUGGGAGAAAGAAAAGGCAUGAGCAGGAAUCCAACCAGACCUACUCUGCUGUUGACACACCAAUACUCAGACCUCCCUCAUCUCUCUCCAAGUACAAACCCCUUCCUGCAAUAGGUGCUACAUCACCUACGACCGACGAUGUUGACGACAUCUCCAAAAAGACACAGAGUGUGACGCUAGGACUCGGUGAAAGAACUCGAACUAGUUAUUCCAUAGACCUCUCCAAAAGAGAAGAUCCAUCUGAAAAUGGUACUUCAAGAGAAAGUACUAGAAGAGAAAGUGUUGAUCAGAGAAAGAGUGAUCGACGAGAAAGCUUUGAACAAAUUACUGACAGCAGGCGUCAAAGUUUUGACCAACCUGAUUCACAUAAAAAACUUUUAGAGUUUCCUAAGAAAGAUGGAUUUCAACCUCGCGACAUCCCAACUGAGCCUGGUGAGACAGAACAGCGGAUUUUGUUGGCUAUUAGAUUACCGGACGGAAGGAGACAUCAAAGGUACUUCAGGUUAGUAGAGAAAAUGGACACGGUGCUAAAAUUUGCUGAGAAUUUAACUGGGAUGGAGUUGGGAGAACACAGGCUAGCAUGUAAUGCCCCCAAGGCAGUGUUUACAGAUCUGACACAACUUAUAGGGGAGUCCGGACUUCAGGAUAGGACAGUUCUGUACCUCGAGGAGCUGGAGUGAAAAGACCCAGUCUCAAACACUCUGUACAUCCCCUCUGUCUAACUUUUCAAUCAAAUCAACUUUAUUUUUGACUCUAUUAUGUUUAGGCAUAUAAAACACUGUAUACUGUACAAAAGGGUAGUUUUUGGUGCAAAUUUAAAAUUUUUAAAGCAUGAACAAAAUAAAACUUUGUCAAAUUUUCGACUUUAUAAUAGACUAAGUUUAAUCAUAUAAAAACACAUACUAUGCUUUAUAAAAGGGUACUUUUUUGUGCA